AUGGGUCUCACCCCCCUGCUGAUUGCCACUCUCUUCUGUCUCCUAGUAUGCCCUGGCAACUUCACCCACGGAUGCGACGUUACCUUAGAAGAGAUCAUCAAAACUUUGAACACACUCUCAGGGAAAAAGACUACAUGCAUGGAGCUGAUGGUAGCAGACGUCUUUGCUGUCCCCAAGAACACAACCGAGAAGGAAAUCCUCUGCAGGGCUACAACUGUGCUUCGGCAGACCUAUCAAGACCACCCGGUGUCUAGGUGUUUGAACAAAAAUGGAAAACUUGACAUUCUCAAGCUCCUGAGAGGACUCUACAGGAAUCUCCGAAGCAUGGUCCAGUUGCACAACUGUCCCGUGAGUGAAUCCAAGCAGAGAACAUUGAAAGACUUCUUGGAAAGCCUAAAAAGCACCAUGCAAAAGAAAUAUUCACAGUGUGGAAGGUCCAAGUUUUAA